AUUGUAAUCACGCCAAGAUAGCGACAGGUGUUAAACUGGUAUCCGACCGCUUUAAACAAAAGCCAUUUCACGCCACAUAGCCAUGAUAGAAGACAUUAUCCCUGUAUUGCCACUCAAAACUUGAAUUUGGAACUCAAAAGAUGGUGAUGCGACGAUAGGAUUGAACGAGAGAAUAUAUAGGCCAGUGAAAGGGAUCAUCCCACAGUUGCAACUGGAUUUACUUUUUUGUUGGAUUUUACUCGAAAGAGCUAAUCAAUAUGACUUUUGUUGGCUGUAUAGGGGAUAGGGCCAUGCCUCUGACUUGAAGUGUUUGUUUAUCAGGGUCUUUGUUCUCCCCGGUGCUGCGCCGUAAGCAGAGAAUCGGCACACGUCAAGCCCGCUUAGCACGUGUCAUCCUAAACCGCAAACAAGGAAAACAGACCAGCGCGCCGAAUACCAAACCAUCAAAAUCUCGGCCUAGAAUUAUUUCCCAGCGGUGUACACAUCUAUAUCUGCAUUAACGGAAUUUAAUCCAUCUUUAUUAGCAAUUUAAACUGUUUGUUGUGGCGUCUGUUUGAGACUCAGAUGAAAAAUUGGAAGAACAGAGGAGUAAUUGAGGUGGAAGACAACCCGUGCGCUGUAUGAUAUAUCACUUUGCACGUGCAUGGUUACACACUCACGGCGUGUGCCGACUGAGAAAAUGCAAAUGAAAUGAGUAACGGGGGAGACAAGAGGGAAAAAAUGUGAGAGGGGAAAAAAGCGACCCAUCGAGUUUGUGAGAGAGUCACUGGGGCGUGCCACAGACCUCCAAAUCUGUUCGCUUCGGCUGGGAGAGACCGUGGGAAACUUUGUCAUCUCGUCUCACACAAUGUGCUUUGCUGCUUGUUGGCUUCAAGAUCAGAACCGAAUUUCUACCUUGAUGUUCUCACAUAUUACAUCUUGUGUCCAGCUCGUGUCCAGCCUGUAUAAUUGAUACCGGGAAUUGAUAUCGACGAAGAUGUCUUGAUAUUUCAGAAAUCGGAUGAUCUGAAGAUAUUGCCUAUGCACUUGGAAGAAUCACAUGUUUUUGGUUGAAGUUUCUACAUCAGAGUAACAUCAUGGCAAUGGGGUGCGCAGCGGGGUCACAUGUAUCAAAAUCACAACUUAUUGUAUGCAUUAUCGGAUUUUUCGGCUUUACAUUGCUUGCCCUUGGAGCUGUGUCGGACUAUUGGGUCACUUACGGGAUUAACACGGCCGUUUCUUCUGGGGGAAGCAACGGGACCUCACCUCUACCAACUACCCUACUCCAAAGGGAAGGAUUAUGGAGAAUAUGCCUUCAGUACAUUGCUAACGAGUCAACCGAUAUAACAGGACACAUGUGUUUCUUCGGUCUUUCUGCACCUGAAUCGGUGUCCAUGCCACAAGGUCUUAACACACAGACAAGAUAUGAAGUGAGUUUUCUGAUCGCUACAUGGGUGCUGUAUGGUGUAGGUGUGGUUUUGUCAUUAAUUGCCGUUGUCAUGGCAAUAGCUGCGCUGAGACACAAGAAGAAUCAAACGCUCUUGAGAGGUGUGUCAGCAAUGUUUAUUUUAGCAGCUCUGUUGGCCUUCGUGGGCCUGGUGAUCUACGCAGUGCGGACAUCCAGGUUUCCCGACCAAUGGCCAGAGGGGGACUCCCCAUACUCAUCUGCGUCCCUCGGAUGGGCGUACAGUAUCUCAUGGGUGGGGCUACUUCUCAGCGUCAUUGCAGGGGCGGGGCACCUCUGGGUCCUAAGGCGAUAUGAAGACAGUAUGAUUUGAAACUUCCAAGGAUCGAAAUCACAAACAUUUUUUUUUUUUGGUAUGAAAGGACCAGUGAAUGAGAGCUUGACCCAUUCCUUCACACACAUACAUGCAGUCUGCAAUGUGGAGCUGUUCACACAAGGAUUAAGACUCAGUGCAUAAGAUUUAUUGACGACAGAGUGAGUUGUGUUUGCUGCACAUACACAGGAUGUCAGACCAAUGCAUUAUGGAACGCUGAUGGACUUUUGCUGCAUAUGAUGUGGGUGCCGGCGUCAGGGCAAACGGGGUGUGUCUGACCCAUGCGUACGUACCUCUUUUUAAAACACGAUCUUGCAGGAUCAGAAGAGGUGCAUUAAUGCAUAAUGCUAUGUACUAUAUAAAAAUGAGAAUGUUUAAGUCUUAUUCAGAUGUCUGUUUUACUAAGAUUUUGCAGAAGGCAAAGCUAUAUCAUGCGUUUUAAAAUUCUCCAAAUUGACAAUAUCUAAAUAUGUCGUUUAAAUGAUUACAUAAAAAAAUUAUGAACAUGAUCUUUCAAUGCAUGUCAUGAAAAGGUGCAUAAAAGGUUAUAUAUGCAGUUAUGAUGAGUAUUCAGGAUUGUGGAAAUAAUUUUUCCAAAAUAAGAUACUGUUAGACAGUAAAUUAUAUUUAAAAAUCAGUCAUUCAAGAAGUUUGAAAAUUGGAUUAUGAUCGCAUGCCCAUUAAAACUUCAAAUUUUGUUUUUAUGCCAAAGUAAAACUAAAAGCAUCCCAUUCCCCAGUCUCCAAGCACACUGUGUUUUGUUUUCGAUUAUUUGAUGUUUAAAUUUUAUUGAGAAAAAAAAAUGAAAAUAUAUACAAAAGAUUAGAUCACCAAAUGUGUUGUCUUCCCUAAAUAUAUUCUGUAUUUGCUGUACAAAAGCAUUGAUGUGAUUGAAAUAAUUGAUACAAAACACUAUUGAAGCCAUUCUGGAACCAUUCUAGUCUGGAGGUGAACUGACAGAUUUAGCACUCCUACCAAUAAGCGAAACGAUCAUUUCCCUUCAUAACUUUGAAAAAAGAGGGUAAUAUUUGAGUGUAUAUAAUAAUGAUUAGGUCAAAUGGGAGAAAAUUGAUAGUACAAAUUUAACAUUUUUAAGGAUUGUUUGUAAAUCAUGUAUAUAAGAUUUCUAAUGCAAAUUACUAUACUAUGCCUUUUUCAUAAAAUGCUUUAUAUCGUUUACUAUUGCUUUGUUUGCUUUUGAUAUUUUCAAAACCGUACUAUUCUUUUUUGUGUGGAGUGCAUACGCCUUUAGCUGCUUUGAAGUUUGCCCUAACGUAUAAUCUCAUACGUUUUAUUCAAAUUGACCAGAAUUAGAUUUCAAGUUAAUUUAGUUCAGGUUAAUAUUUAUAUUUUGAUCAGGUUUGUCAUGGAAGGAAUAUGUGAAUAUGCUUCAGACGAUAUAUUUUAGAUUGCCCCGUUUUGUAAAGGUUUUAUUAUUUUUAUUAAUUCCUUUUCAUUCCAUAUACCAUGUAGUUCAACAACCUUGCUUAUGAUUAUAAAGCCGAUUGACACCUCAAGUUUAAGCCUUGAUAAUCGCAAACCUUGAUUUUUAAUUUUCUUUGUAUUCAUUUUUACCAUAUUGUGACUUUUUGAGAACAAAAUUUGUACUUGAGAACAAAGUCAAUUGUAUUUUUCAUAUCAUUUGUUUUAGUUUUAGAAAUUGAUGGAUCUUUUAAUGCAAAAACAUGCUUUACUUCUUGAUAUAGAGAACAGUAUGUUUUUUAUUACAAUUUGUUCUGUUCAUAAUUGAAAGAAGAAUCUCUGCAGUACUAAAGCCAUUACCAUAUCCAUUUUCAAGAGUCAUUCCGAUAUUGUAUUUCAAAUAGUUUGCCGUCGCGAUAACUCAAAACUUAUUGUUGCACACAGUUGAUAAUUAUUGUGUCUUUUAUCACAUUUCUUUACUCGAUUGGGAUAAGAUGUCCAUAGCAAGUCAAUAUACCGACCCGUAAACUAUACAUGUACAGUGUGUCCCGGAAAAAAACACAAACUCGACAACAUCGAUGCUUUAUUAUAACUUGUGGAGGUGCCGUGGCCGAGUGGUCUAAGGCGCCUGGCUAUUCAUUAAAAAGUCCGGGUUCGAUCGGAUCCCCGGCCGCGGCAGCUAUGCCCGUGAGCAAGGCAUUUAAUCUACAAUGCUCUUUUAUCCUGCUUUAAAAUAAAUGGAAAUGCUAUAUGCAUUAUUGGUAACUAGGUGUGAACUUGUUAAAAAAAAAACUUAAUCGCAAUUAUAUUUCAUGAAUGACACAUAGUUUGUAGAGCCGAAAUCCUCUUGAUAAAUGAAUGUUUCUCUUAUCGUUUUAUUCUAUUUCUUUCGUAAGUAAAAACAAUAUGACGAGAGUCUACAGUUCGGUGUCUUUUUUUUAUGGGACGCACAUUAUUCAAAAUACCAAAUGAUGCGACAAGUAUUGAAUUCAUGUAUCUCAUCCUUUGUGCCAACAUUCAUCUUGAUAAAAGUGGUUGAAAUGCAAGUUUUGAUUAAAACACAUCUUUUACCGUUACGUUUUGUAAUUAUUUUUUUUCAAAUGAGUGAAGUAUUUCGAUGAUUGUAAUUGUAUAGCUCUAUGAUACCGUAAAUCUGGUUAACAGUCUUAUGCAUAUUACAGACCUCAUGACUGUUAUAGAGAUAAUGUUUUUAACGCAAAAAUAUUCAAACGAUUUUUCUUCAAAAUUUGGCAGAAGGCAUUUUUUCUACUCUAUUCCAUUUUCAGAAAGAUAUUAAUCUAAUGAUCAUUGCAAACCACAUUCCACAAUUAUUCCAAAGCUUAUGUGUAUAACUUUUGGUAUUGCUACACUGUAAAAACUGUGGUGUUAAAACUAACACCAGUUGGUGUUGAUAGAGGACCACACCCUGAGGUGUUAAAAUUACACCCUCGAGAUUUACCAUAACACCAAAUAGUGUAAAUGUAACAACCAAUGGUGUUACAAUAACACCUAUAGGUGUUAAAAUAACACUGUCAAUUUAACACCGGUGUAAAAUAACUGGUGUGGUCCUCUAUGUACACCGGUUAACACCACAGUUUUUGCUGUGUAUUCUUUCUGCACAGAAUGUUAUGUAGGUUACUUGUUGUCAAAGUAAUUAGGUAGCACCCUUCUUGCAAGGACACCAUUAUUUUAUUCAUAUGUUUUCAUGUAAAAAAAAGGGCAAUUCCUUAAAAUGAUCGACCUUUUUUGUACAUCCGACCCCCAUUUUUCUCAAGUUUUACUUCACUUCAUAAACUGACCAAGUCAUGGUCAUUUGGCAGCAUUACAGACUGUCAUAAGAAUUAGAAAUCAGAGACAGAAAAUUUCAUUAAGGUCUCACAUAUAGCGUGUCGGUGUACAUAUUUUAUGGAAUUGCCCAUAAGAAAUAAGGACCUCACAAAAAUCAUUUACAAUAAUGAAGGGAUUCUAAUUCGGGCUACUCAGAAUACAAGUUUGUUUGAUUGGACGAAGUUGUUGACACAUGAAAAUAUUGGACUUUUGAGGUUCUAUAAAUCAUUAAUUCAAUUUGGUGUAUAGAAAAUAUAUUUGUUCGUAAAAAGGAUGGAAUUUAUGAAUUUUUAUUGCACAAAAUAAUAUCCCAGGUAAAGUCUCUGAAUGGAUAAUUUGUAUUGUGACUGGUCACGUUUGCAGUUUCAUGGCAACUGAAAAAAGGGCAAAUCUCUGCUGUUUUCAAGAGAUGGGGUUUUUUCAAAAUUUUCCAAGCUCCAAGAGAAAGAUGUUUUAUAACAAUAUUCACGUGCCAAAAAUGUUUUAUUUAUUUUGCAAAAUGUGUGGUAUUUUGAAUUCACACAUAAUUGUAUAUAAUGUGUAUGUCUGGAUGUGGACCACUUGCACACCUUCUAUAGUAAAGCUAAAUGAUGAUCGUCGUGUUAUGAGCCCCAGUCAUCCAGAUUGUAAAUUAUGCACCGCUGUGUAAAUGAAAGCAAUUAAUCAUGAAGAUGCAUGCAUUUUGUUCCAUGCAUGCAAAGCACCACGGAAUAGAAGCAUCCAGGGGCGCCCUGGCUUGCCUUCAUUCCGGGAGAACAAAACAGGGAACGUUCCCAUUGGUUAAAUUUUGUAGAUCUCUACAAUCUUCCCCUCAUCCGUUUCUUUUCUUUUAAUUUUCCCCAUUUUUAUGCGGUUGGGUUUCCCUGCCACCCCUUUUUUUUUCUUUAAUUUGCUCACUGCAUUUUUAUCUGUUUUUCCUCUUUUCUUCCCCCUAACACGCAGCUCUUCUCUUCCUUCUCUCCCUCUCUCUCUCUCUCCAUCUCUUCUACACCCUCCCCUUACUACUCUCCCCUCUUCUCUCUCUUCAACUCUCUCCCUCUUCUCUACAACUCUUCUCCCCUCCCACCAUCAUCUACCCACUCGUCACUCCAUUUAUGUAAGUCAAUUCACAAUACCAGAUACCAUCUGAGGUCGUUCGUGAAAAUUAUUAACAUCGACUGAAAUCGAUUCUCUUCCCAAGGACCCUCACACGGAAUAUCCCGCUAUGAAAUACACAAAA